CCCCCUUGUCUUGCUCUCCACGCCGUGGGCUUGGCUUUCUUGUCCCGCAUUGCUUGAUUCACGAGGCCCGAGCGCCACAAAACGCCACGAAGGAUCACAAGUCUCUCCACAAUUGAAUUCGAACCUUCCUUUGUUCACAGCGAUGUCGCCGGGUAAUUUACGCUGGCUGAUGGGAAAUGCCCCCCACGCCCUGUCCGAUGGCGUUUCAUUUGGAAUGCCGUGGCCGCAGGGUCUGUACCGGCCGGGCCAGGAAUUUGCGAUCGAAGCGAAGGAUGCUCAAUGGCCGGUUGACUCGCGUGAGCUUGCCUAUUGGGCUGAUGGAUCUCUCAGAUGGACGGCUCAUUCGGUUAGUGGUAACAUUGGCUAUUCCAAUGAGUACACUGUCAAAGGCGUGUCGCAUCCACCCGAGCCAACUGCCAGCAUCACGAUUGGACGGCAGCAGUCAUCUCUGUCGGUGACCACCCCAACUGGACUGUAUCUGAGAUUUGCGGCACCCGGAAGCACAUUUAUUCUUGAACAACUCGACAUACAAGGGCAAACAAUCUGCUCUGGGGCCACGGUGGUCGCCUCUAUCAAUGAGAAACAGUACAGAACUCGAGUGGAUACGGUGGAUGUGGAGAACUCCACUCCAAGCCGAGCUCUGAUCAAAGUAUCCGGUGUUGUGGAAGAUGGAACUGGCAGUGCCCAUCUUCCCUUCGACAUCCGAUUCUAUGUUUACUCUCACAGCUCUUCGGUCAAAGUCCUCCACUCAUUCGUCCAUGACCUAGAUUCGGACAAAGCUAUCACGUCCCUCGGCUUACGGUUCAAUGUUCCACUCGGGCAAGCUGAACUCCACAAUCGCCACGUGAGACUGGGCGGGUCUAGUGGAGGUGUUCUGAAAGAAGAAGUGAAGGGCCUUUCAGGAUUACGGCAUGGUCCAACCGUUGCAAAUCGAACGGAUCAAACGGCGGGACGAGAAGUAAUUCUACAAGAAGCCGAGUGGGCUAGAACCAAACUCGCAGAGGGGCUCUCGUAUAUUCCGUCGUGGGAUUCUUAUUCCCUUGCCCAGCUUUCUUCUGAUGGCUUCACGAUCAAAAAACGGACAAAGCCGGGUUGCUCCUGGGUCAAAGUUACUGGUGGUGGACGCGCCGACGGAACUGCAUACGUUGGAUCAGCUUCGACCGGAGGUCUCGCAGUUGGCAUGUCCGACUUUUGGGAACGAUAUCCUACCCAGCUUGACUUGGACAACUUGACCGCCGAGGAGAGCUGUAUAACUGUGUGGCUAUAUUCACCACUUGCAGAGCCUCUGGAUACAUCUCCGUAUCACGACGGACUAGGUCUCGACACCUAUGAGAAGCAACUGCAGGCUCUUGACGUGACGUACGAGGAUUUUGAACCGGGAUUCGUCUCUGCUAAUGGGAUUGGAAGAACCAAUCAGCUCUUUCUGAGACCUUUCCUUCAUACCCCAUCAAACGAAGACUUCAGUUCGUUCUCAUCCUUGAUUCGCGAGCCACCUCGCCUGAUUGCCACUGCAAAGCACUUGCAGUCUUCGGGCGCGUUCGCUGGAUGUUGGGCCCCCGAUUCUCAGACCCUGGGCUUGAAAUUAUCGCCCCAACGGGCCGAGAUCGAAGUCAAACUCUCUUUCUUGUUCGAUUAUUACCAUGCCCAGGUUGAGCAGCACCGCUGGUAUGGCUUCUGGGACCACGGAGAUGUCCAACAUACUUAUGAUCCAUAUCGACGCGCUUGGAGAUACGAUGUCGGCGGAUAUGCGUGGGACAACUCUGAGCUCUCAACGGACCUGUGGCUAUGGCUCUACUUCCUCCACACCGGGCGAGCAGAUGUGUUCAAAAUGGCAGAAGCGAUGACUCGACACACCGGUGAAGUUGAUGUCUAUCAUUCGGGAAAUUUCAGAGGCUUCGGCACCCGGCAUGGCGUGCAGCAUUUCAGCGACAGUUCGAAGCAACUCCGUAUUUCCAAUGUGCUUUAUCGCCGGAUCUACUACUACUUGACUGGCGAUGAGCGCACCGGUGAUUUGAUUUCGGAGCUCCAAGAUUGUCAAAACACAUUGUUAGUGCUGGACUCACAUCGAAAAGUCCAAGAACAUGCCGGUAUUCCCCCAGGCUUUGCUAUGACAAACAUUGGCCUGGACUGCGGAGCCCUUAUCGCGGCUUGGCUCACGGCAUGGGAACGUCGCUCUGAGGGAUGGGCUCACUACAGGGAUCUUCUUAUAAAACUACUUGAUGGUAUUUCAGGACUCAAACAUGGGAUUGGGAAUAACGCAAUCCUUCUGAACCCGACAAGUGGAGAAGUGCAAGAGUGCCCUCCUCCGACACCCGAGUAUGCCAUAUCUCAUCUAUCUAUGCUGUUUGGUUUCCCAGAGAUCAUCGCCGAGCUCUACCAUUUUGCUCGAGUAGAGGUUCCAGACACUGUUGGAAGAUUCAUGAAAGUAUGGCUUGCAUAUUGUCGAGCUUAUAAUGGUGGACCAGACGUCCAGCGCGAAGAAUUCGGAUUCGAAUUCCCAUCCCAUGCGACAUGGCGACAAAGCCACUCCACUCUUACGGCCUUUGCGGCGGUUGAACAAGAUGAUGAAAAGCUAGCACAUGCUGCGUGGGACCAAUUCUUCAACACUGAUGGAUAUAACGCAGACCAUGUUUGGAGUGUAAUUAAAUGUACGGCUCCUGAAUACUUCUCAGAGGGGGAAGAGGCGCCAUGGGUUACUACUAACGAAGCUGCUCGAUAUGGGGUAUCUGCCAUCUCCAACCUGGCGAGCAUUGGGAAAUUUUUGAAAUAGACAACU